UCUCUCUCUCGCUUCCUCUCGGUGUGUGGAGGUAAUUGCGGGGAUAGAAGUACAUCCCUGACGCCCGCUGCGUUUGAAAGCCCCGCUCUCAUCCUCUGACAGCUCCCGGCGCUGCCAGCGACGCUGCCAGCUUGUCCGGGCACAGAGCACGGAGUCAGGGUCCAACUUGGAUCAAGGCGGGGGACUUCCGAGACGCUCGCAGUCUUUGCAAAGAAGCAACGCGCCGAUUACUACAACUUUUAGCGGUGCCGACUCCGGCCAAAGGCGCGGCUCGGCUCGGCUCGGCUCGGCUCGGCUCGGUGCGGGCCGGUGGAUACAUGCUACAUCUUUCUGCUCAGUGAGGGAAGAGACCCGGUAUAGUCGUUAUCUCCGGGGAGCGGUGGUGGAGAGGAGAGGAGAGGAGAUGUCUGCCUUGGCCAGAAGAUAGACACAAAAUGCUGGAGUAACUCAGCGGGCCAGGCAGCAUCUCUGCAGAUAAGUAACAGGCGGCGUCUCGGGUCGAGACCCUUCUUCAGACCUUGGUGUGAUAGAGGGCAGCGGGGGAGGCGAACGGUCCUGGUGACUUUGCGGUUCAAUUGAAGACAUUACCUACUCUUCAGCUGGCGAUUAUUCCCCCCCACACACCCCCUCUCCCCUCUUUCGAUGCCCGAUCUCACGGACCCAGCGCGGCUGGGUUAGCAGCGACCACCUCUCUCUCAGAAGCCGCCGUGUGGUUUUUUUAACCCGAUGGGAUGUGUUUGAGCGAUAGUCCAGUUUGGGACGACAGCGGCGCGCAGUCAGCAGGUACCAGCCUCCCAUUCACCAAGCUUCCAAUGAAGAGAGGCUGAGCAGAGGUGCACAGGAAUGUAUCCCAUGUACAGCGGCAGGCAAUUUGGAUCCAUGAGCGCUAUGCUGAAACUGACGUGUAACUGAAUAUAAUCAACAAGGAUGAGAUUCUGUGCGAGAUCGAUGCUCUUCACCCACUGGCUGUUGCUGGCCUCUGUGUUAAUGCUUGGCUGCCGACCGCUGACGGCUUCAAGUCACCACACCCGGGGCCACUCAGGACAUCAGGUCAAACAAGGCACAUGCGAGGUUGUUGCUUUGCAUCGAUGCUGCAAUAAAAACCGGAUUGAAGAACGGUCGCAAACCGUGAAAUGUUCUUGUUUCCCGGGCCAGGUUGCCGGCACAACUCGAGCUCAGCCUUCAUGCGUUGAAGCCUCUAUAGUGAUGCAGCAGUGGUGGUGCCACAUGAAUCCCUGCCUAGACGGUGAGGAAUGCAAGGUUCUCCCAGACUUCUCCGGAUGGUCCUGCAGCAGUGGCAACAAGGUUAAAACCACGAAGAUCAGCCCUUCGAGUCCGUUGCAACGUAUGUAGGAGUUGGAGCACUUCACCCAUGCCAAAUAUCUGUACAAAUGCUGCAUCGAUGUGGUAGUGGCGCCUGAGACAGACGAGAAACAGUGACACACAGCCACACUGGCACCUCUUGCACAGCCUGAGGACUGGCACACCAGGGAUCUCAGCUUUAACAUUGUACAUCUGUUGUAAAACAAGCAGAAUAUAUCGCAAAGUGUUUCCCACUUAUGAAUGUUAUAGAUUUGGUAACAUCUGUGUUGAAUGUUCUGGAUUACACUGAGAUAGUAACUAUUUAUUUCCCCAAGCUUCAGUCUCAUAUUUUGGAAUACCAACCACUGACCUUGAACAACACAUCGACGUCUCGAAAACAUGGGCGUCGCAAAGAAACUUCUCACCACGACUCACUUCUUCCACGUUCUCCGGUUUAGGGAAACAGAUUUCGACUGCGGUAAUCCAAAAUUGUUCCUGUCAGGAUGUUUUUGUAAUAAUCAGUGUUGCUAGCCUUUGCGAAUAUUUUGAUUUUUUUGGAAAAAAAAACUAUAAUUAUUACGGGAUUGCAGAAGAGUUUCUAGAGCCGAAAAGAGAAACAGGAAAAUCUGAAGCCGAAGAUCGUGGACGUAUAAAGCCGACAAGUCUGCGUUGGAAGUGAAAUCCGUUUGUGGCAUUAACUAUCUUUCUCCUUCAGAUGAUAACUGACCUGUUAAGCAGUUGCAGGUUAACUUUUCUACGCUUUAUAUGUAGCUGAGUUGCCAUUAAUGACAAGAAACAAUAAAUGGUUAAUCUCAAAGUAUUUCAAUUUACUAGAAGUUGCAAAAAGCAGAUAGCUUUGAGAAGUGUUAGUGCCUUAGUCCCAUAGCAGGGAAUUAUAGAAACUUCAUAGAACUAUGGGCACUUGCAAAUGUUGCAGCACAUGGCAUCUAUUAGAGUACUGGAUUUCAGUUCAGUUUAGUUUAUUAUCAUGUGUACCGAGGUACUGUGGAACGCUUUUGCUGCCUGCUUUCCAGACAGUGGAAAGACUAUUAAUACAUGGUUACAAUCGAGUCAUUCACAGUGUACAGAUACAUGAUAAGGGAAUAACGUUUAGUGCAAGGUUAAAGCCAGUAAUGUCCGAUCAAAUAUGGUAGAAGGGUUUCCUUCGCUCCAUAGAUGCUGCUGCACCCGCUGAGUUUCUCCAGCUUUUUUGUGUACCUUCGAUUCUCCAGCAUCUGCAGUUCCUUCUUAAACACAUGGUAGUUCUCUGGUUGUGGUAGGAUAGUUUAGUAGCCUGAUAACAGCUGGGAAGAAACUGUCUCUGAAUCUGCAGGCUUGCGUUUUCGCACUUCCAUACCUUUUGCCUGAUGGGGGAGGGGAGAAGAUGGAGUGGCUGGGUUUAUGCAGGAUUUACACUCAUUCGUUCAUUUUCAGCUGCUUUUGUCAAAUGAAAACCAGAAGCCAUUUUUGCAAUACUGUCACGGUAGCUCAAUAUAAAAUGCUUUUCAUAAUUACACUGACUGACUGGCAUACUGAAAAUACAUGUUAAUAUUUUACGGUAUUUGCAAUCAAAUUAGAUAUCUUCAACCUUGCCAAAUCUCAAAUAUUUCCUGUAUUAUUCUGGA